UGACCCUCUGACCACACACAGUUCUGCAUCAGCCUUUGGUUAAUGAGAGAGGAACUCACUCUCAGUUAGGGAUUCAUUAACUGCUGGGUCCCGGCCCUGCCCACACCAGGGGCUGGAGUCCCACUCUUUGAACUUUCUCCGUUGCUGAAUCUGUGACCCUUUCCAUGAACCCCAGGGGGCUGCACCUGAAGGAGAGAAAAAGAAGGCGUGUUUAGGAAGCUAUUUAAAAUGCCUCUUGCUGAGAUUUUGUUUCCUUCGCCCUUCUUAGAACGCACCAACUCUGAAAGGCUUUUAAAAAGACAAACGUCGACACUUUACUUUCACUUUCGAGAUUGCAGCACGCUGGCCACACUGCCCCGGUGAACGCGCCUGGAUUUGGUCCGAUGGGAACCAGGAAAGCUGCCGUCAGAGCCAGCGAAGGACAAAACCAUGAGCCGGGGUCUGCUGCAUCCUGUCCCCUGCUUCCUGGGACUGUUGCUCUUCUGGAUACUGAGUGCAUCUUCUGCCCACAGAUGCACUGUUCGGCACCAGGUGGCCGACUGCAGCCAUCUGAAGCUGACUGAGAUACCCGACGACCUGCCGGCAAACAUAACGGUGUUGAAUCUAACCCACAAUCAGCUCAAAAAAUUGCCACCUGCCAAUUUUACAAGAUACAGCCGACUUACUGUCUUGGAUGCAGGAUUUAACACCAUCUCCAAACUGGAGCCAGAUUUGUGCCAAAAACUCCCCUUGUUGGAAAUUUUGAACAUCCAACACAAUGAGCUGUCUCAAGUUUCUGACAAAACCUUUCUCUUCUGCCUGAAUUUGACUGAGCUCCUUCUUAGGUCCAACUCAAUCCAGAAAAUUCAAAAUAAUCCCUUUAAAAACCUGAAGAAUUUAAUCAAGUUAGAUCUGUCUCAUAAUGGCAUGCCAUCUACGAAACUAGGAACUGAGCUCCAGCUGCAAAAUCUCCAAGAGCUUCUACUAUCCAGUAAUAAAAUUAAUGUCCUAACCCGCGAAGAACUUGGUUUCCUCGGCAAUUCUUCUUUAAAAAAACUAGACUUGUCAUCAAACCCAAUUAAAGAGUUCUCUCCAGGCUGUUUUCAUGCAAUUGGAACACUAUUUGGUCUCUCUCUGAACAACGUCCCGCUGGGUCCCAGUGUCAUAGAGAAGCUGUGUCUGGAACUAGCGAGCACAAGCGUUCGCAAUCUGUACCUGAGCGACACCCAGCUGUUCAAAACAAGCAACGCGACCUUCGCUGGACUGAAGCAGACGAAUCUCACCACGCUCGAUCUCUCCCAUAACGGCUUAAGUACGAUCGGCAACGAUUCCUUUGCUUGGCUUCCUCGUCUAGGAUAUCUCUUCCUGGAAUAUAACAACAUAGGCCACUUGUCUUCUCGCUCCCUUUACGGGCUUUCCAGUGUGAGAUACCUGACCUUGAGACACUCUUUCACUAAACAAAGCAAUUCCCUUGCCUUGCUUCCCAAGAUCGAUGAUUUUUCCUUCCGGUGGCUAACAGGUUUGGAGUAUCUUAACAUGGACGAUAACAACUUUCCGGGCAUGAAAAGCAAUAUGUUCACGGGACUCAUAAAGCUGAAAUAUUUAAGUCUAUCCAACUCCUUCACGAGUUUUCAAACUUUAGCAAAUGAAACAUUCGUGUCGCUUGCGCAUUCUCCUUUGCUUAUGCUCAACCUAAGCAGAAAUAAAAUCUCAAAAAUGGAGGGUGGUGCUUUUUCUUGGUUGGGCCACCUAAGGGUGCUCGACCUGGGCCUUAAUGAAAUUGGGCAGGAACUCACAGGCGAGGAAUGGAGAGGCCUAGACAGUAUUGUCGAAAUCUACCUCUCCUACAACAAAUACCUACAACUGACCAGCAGCUCGUUUGCCCUGGUGCCAAGCCUUCAACGGCUGAUGCUCCGAAGGGUGGCCCUGCGAUUUGCGGCCACUUCGCCUUUUCGCCCCCUGCGUAACUUGACCAUUCUCGACCUGAGCAACAACAAUAUAGCCAACAUCAACGAUGACCUUUUGGAGGGCCUGGAGAAACUGGAGAUUCUGGAUUUGCAGCACAACAACUUAGCUAGGCUCUGGAAACAUGCAAACCCGGGCGGUCCCGUGUAUUUCCUAAAGGGUCUUUCUCACCUCCAUAUCCUUAACUUAGAGUCGAAUGGCUUCGAUGAGAUCCCGGUAGAUGUCUUCAAGGACUUAUUUCAGUUAAAGAGCAUCAGUUUAGGACUGAAUAAUUUAAACAUACUUCCGCCCUCCGUCUUUGAUGAUCAGGUAUCGCUAAGGUCCCUGAGCCUCCAGAAGAAUCUCAUCACGUCCAUCGAGAAGAGUGUUUUUGGGCCAGCUUUCAAGAACCUGAGUAGUUUAGACAUGAGCUUUAAUCCGUUCGACUGCACAUGUGAGAGCAUCGCCUGGUUCGUCACUUGGAUCAAUAGCACCCACACCAACAUCUCUGAGCUACCGAGCCAUUACCUCUGCAACACUCCACCCCAGUACCACGGUUUUCCCGUGAUGCUUUUCGAUGUAUCACCCUGCAAAGACAGUGCGCCCUUUGAACUCUUUUUCAUGAUAAGUACCAGCAUCCUAUUGAUCUUUAUCUCUGCGGUACUGCUCAUCCAUUUGGAGGGCUGGAGGCUGUCUUUUUAUUGGAAUGUUUUGGUGCAUCGAGCUCUUGGUUUCAAAGAAGUGGAUAGACAGCCAGAGCAGUUUGACUACGCAGCGUACAUAAUUCAUGCCUAUGAAGACAGGGACUGGGUAUGGGAACACUUCUCCCCCAUGGAGGAAAAGGACCAAACGCUCAGAUUUUGUCUGGAAGAGAGGGACUUUCAGGCAGGCGUUCUUGAACUUGAAGCAAUUGUCAACAGCAUCAAAAGGAGCCGAAAAACUAUUUUUGUUAUAACACAGAAUCUAUUGAAAGACCCAUUAUGCAAAAGAUUCAAGGUGCACCAAGCAGUUCAGAAAGCUAUCGAACAAAAUCUGGACUCCAUCAUCUUGAUCUUUCUUGAAGAGAUUCCAGAUUAUAAACUGAACCACGCACUCUGUUUGCGAAGAGGAAUGUUUAAAUCCCACUGCAUCUUGACCUGGCCAGUCCAGGUGGAACGAGUAAAUGCCUUUCACCAUAAGCUGCAAGUAGCACUUGGAUCCAGAAAUUCAGUCCAUUAAAUUCAUUUACGGACCAAAUGAACAAAGGAGUAAAUUUUGUCCUUUAAAAAGGUCCACGAUAAAUUUAAGUUUUAUCUGCAGGUAGCAUAAAUCUGUUCAUUUAUAUUUUAUAAGUGAGAGCAUUAGAUCACUAUGAUCUCACUUCUAUGAAAAUGUAUCUCCUUUUAUCACCAAAGGACUUAAUUUGACCCAAAAAGAAACAUGUAGGAAUAUUCUCUACUAAUGAACGGACAUAAUUGGUUAUUGAGGCCAAUGAAAUCUUAAGAAAGUUUAAAAACAUUUCUCAUGUAAGUAAAGUAAAGAGUUAUGUGAGCAUUUAUAAUAGUUACAUUUGGAUUUUUGGAUGUACUCAUAAUAGAAUAAAAAAUAAUUGUUUUAAUUGGCACAAUGCUAUUUCAAUUGUAAAAGAGUAAAAAAUAUACUCAUAUUUUUAAAAGUUUCAUUACAGUGUUUUUCCAAUUGAAAAGCUUGUAUUUUAGUGGUGCCAAUUCCAGGGCUGAUUUCAUUAAAAUUUAAACACCAUUUUAAUGUACAGACUCAAGGGUAGAAAACAUUUGCAAAUCACCGUGAUUACUUAAUAAAAUAGCUUAAUAAAUACUUAUAUUUUGCUACUAUUUGGAUUUCUGCUAUACGAGGUGUUAGAAGAAACAAUUCCACUAUCCAGAGGUAACCCUCAGAAAAACUUGAGUUCUGGGGGUUGAGCAGCAGAUUGGCAUUGCGGAAACAAAGUAUUGUCUGCCCUGCUCCCAGACGCAGGAGGUGGCCCCGGCCAAAUCCCUUGGUCCCACUGGGAUUCUCGGACUCCUCAUCUUGAAAGUUAUGAUGAUGAACAAAAUCUUAAACAUUCCCGUAUAAUCAGUAAUGACGUCCAUCGUAUAAUACCUUCACUUAGAACAUAUUAUUGUUCCAAAAAAAUAACAUGCUAUGUGUAAGUUAAUCCUUGCCAUUAUUGUGUGUUAAAAGGAAAGGAGUGUCAUUAUUGAAAAUAGACAUGCAUAGCCUUUUAAAAUCUGUAUAGUUCUGGUAUUCAAAUGAAGAGAGAGUUGAAAUUACAACCUUGAGUUGAUUUCCAUACUUAGGGUUCUCAUCUGUUGAACUUGGUGAGCAGUGGAGCUGUCGCCGUUUUGGAGCUGUGACCUCAGACGUUCAGUGUUCUCGGGGCUAACUGCGCACGGUCCUGGCAGAGGUAGCCCCGCUGAGCUGCUGACCCUGAACGAGUCUGCCAUCUCCCUGCAGUUCCCUGGGAACCAGUGGAGGACUCCUUUCCACUCUCUCAUUAGGCAGGAUGCUUACACGUGAGACACGUGCGAUAGAACCUUUCCACUAAGAUUUGUCUUCCAACUGUGAAAUAAUCCUGCUUUAUCUUGACAUGAUAAAAUAAAAGUUGCAACUACUUUUUUUAUUGAUGCACACUGUGAUAUAUCAAUGUUCUCAACCUCAUUAAAAUGUU